UGACGUCAUUCGCAAAUGGCUUCCUUUUCUGCGCUUCUUCCCAGGGGGAAGGGUCGCAACACGUGUGGUUGGUUGAACUAACAAUUCUUAAAGAUGGCACAGUACAAUUUCAAGAAAAUUGAGGUGGUUCCCACCUCUAAGGACUUCGUAGAUACCAUCCUCUCGAAAACACAGAGGAAAACCCCCACUGUCGUUCAUCGACACUACAAAAUAACUAGGAUCCGGCAGUUCUACAUGCGAAAAGUGAAGUUCACCCAGCAGAACUUUCAUGAUCGCCUGAGCAAGCUCCUGUCCGAUUUUCCGAAGCUUGAGGACAUUCAUCCAUUUUAUGCCGACCUCAUGAAUGUCCUAUAUGAUAAAGAUCACUACAAGCUGUCCCUGGGGCAGCUCAAUAUGGCCCUUCAUCUGAUUGAUAAUGUUGCAAGGGACUAUGUGCGCCUGCUGAAGUAUGGCGACUCCCUGUACCGGUGCAAGCAGCUGAAGCGAGCUGCGCUCGGACGGAUGGCGACCAUCAUGAAGCGGCAGAGCCAGAGCUUGCAGUACCUGGAGCAGGUGCGUCAGCAUCUGUCUCGGCUGCCGUCCAUCGACCCCAACACGCGGACCCUGCUCAUCUGCGGGUUCCCAAACGUUGGCAAGUCAAGCUUCAUCAACAAGAUCACGCGUGCGGAUGUGGAGGUGCAGCCGUACGCCUUCACGACCAAGUCGCUGUACGUGGGGCACACGGACUACAAGUACAUCCGGUGGCAGGUGAUCGACACCCCAGGGAUCCUGGAUCACCCGCUGGAGGAACGCAACACCAUCGAGAUGCAGGCCAUCACGGCUCUGGCCCACAUCCGGGCAUGCGUCCUCUACCUCAUGGACCUCUCGGAGCAGUGCGGACACACCGUGGAGGAGCAGAUGAAGCUGCUGUUCAACAUAAAGCCCCUGUUUGUCAACAAGCCUUUCCUGGUGAUUGUCAACAAGGUAGACAUUGUGAGGCCAGAUGACCUUUCACCGGAAAGAAAGGAGCUGUUUGCCAAGCUGUCGGAGGAGUCGAUCCCGGUGCUGCAGAUGAGCACAGUGACGGAAGAGGGGGUGGCAGAGGUGCGCAACGAGGCCUGCGACCUGCUCCUGGCCCACCGCAUGGAGGCCAAGCUGAAAGGCAAGAAGGUGGAAGGCAUCCUCAACCGCCUGCACGUGGCCAUGCCCAAGCCCAGGGACAGCAAGGAGAGGCCACCCUGCAUCCCAGAGAAGGCACUCCAGAAGAAGAUGGAUGUGGACGGUGCCAAGAAGUUGGAGCGAGACAUCGAAGCCGAGCUUGGAGAUGACUACAUCCUUGACUUGAAGAAGAACUAUGAUCUUCCUGAUGAGGAGAAGUAUGACGUCAUCCCCGAAAUCUGGGAAGGACACAACAUUGCGGACUACAUAGAUCCCGACAUCCUCAAGAAACUGGAUGAAUUAGAGGCUGAAGAAGAGCUUCGGGAAAAGGCCGGCUUCUAUGACAUGCCUGAAAGCGACGAAGAUGAAGAAAUGAAGGAAAUCAGGAGCUUGGCGAGACAGAUUCGUACAAAGAAAGCCAUUCUGGCCAUCAACUCAAAGAUCGACAACACCACCAAGCCCAAGGUGUCCAGGCCAAAGAUGAAAAAGAGGGAGCGAAGUGUGAGCAGACUCCGUUCCGAGAUGUCCGAGCUUGGCGUGGAACUUCCAGGAGGAAGGAGCCACUUCAAGAGGGCGGCCUCAGAGGUGAGGACCCCUCGCCCCCUCAAGAGGAAGAGGGAAGACAGCGAAGGACGGGUGCGCAGCAGCUCCAAGACGCCCCGGGACCAGUCUGGUGUCCGAGAUGCCAAGAUGAGGAAGAAGGUGAGGACCAUUGGCAAGAAGGCCCAGAAGGGCAUGAACCGCAUGGCCAGGAAGGGAGAGGCAGACCGCAAGAUCCCCAGCCUCAGGCCCAAGCACUUGCUGGCUGGACGCCGGGGAGUGGGCAAGGCCGACCGCAGGUGAAUGCGGCAGCAUUUAGAACCCUCGGUGGAACGCGCAAUAAAACGCAGCUUCCAAACCCC